ACUCCCGCUUUCCCGCUUCUUAAAAAAAUCCACACCCAAUAUAGGCCAAAGUAGAAGGAUAAAGUAAAGGGGUACUUGGGUUUUGUUUGAUAUAGAAGGAGAGAUAAGGAAAAGGUGUGAGUCGAUAGUGGAGACUGGAGGAAUGAAUUUGGGGUUCUCUUUGUGGGUUGUGAAGUGGGUUCUGGUCUGCUUGCUAUGUGUUUCUCUGCAUGACUCAGAUCAGAAGAAGAUGGGCAGGAAUUUGACGAACGCAGUGAUUGGAAUUCUGGUUCCUCUUCCCUCAAUCCUCUUCUACCUCUCUUUCCUUAACCACUUUGAUCGCAAUUCUACGUCCCCUCUCUGGUCAUGGUGUUUUCACCACCCCCUCCUUUUAGCCAACCUCUUCUUCUUCUUCAACGUUAAUGUCCUCUUCUGGGUCAUCAGCCAUUUCCAAUCCAGCCACUGGAUGAUAGAUUUGUAUUGGACUGUGAUCCCGGUUUUGCUGGCUCAUUAUUAUGCAACGCACCCUCUGGCGCAGUAUAACUCGUGGAGAUCCAUCAUAGUGAUACUGCUGACAUGGGUUUUCUCGAUAGGAGUUUGUCUCCCAUUGUAUGCGGUUCACGUGGUCGAUAAGCCCUUGAACGUUUGGCACUUUGUUGCUGCUGCAGUAUGUUUAUGUGGCAUUGUCAUUGCAUACUUUGCUGAUACCCAACUGCAUGAUUUUGUUACUAGAAACCAGAAGCUAAAAGAGCUUGGAAAGCCUCUAGCGGCUAAUCUUGAGAGGGGGUUGUGGCAGUACUCACGUCAUCCAAACUACUUUGGAGAGCAACUGUGGUGGUGGGGACUGGUUUUAUUCGCAGGGAACCUUGGACAUGGAUGGACCUUCAUUGGAUCACUGAUCAACAGUAUGUGCUUAGUUUAUGUCACUGUGCUUGUGGAGCAGAGGAUGUUGAAGCAGGACUACAGAGCUGAAGCAUAUAGAAUUUAUCAGAAGACAACUUCAGCGUGGAUUCCUUGGUUUAAGUCGUCUGCAAUAGCAGUAAAAAAUAAGAGCACCUGAUUCCCUGUACCCUGUUUUCCUCUGGAAAAGUUUCAGUUUAUCUGUCAUCAUCCUGUGUUUUCCUCUCUAGAUGUGGAUGUAUCCAAAUCUUUUUCAUAUACUCUGACGUUUAUUUUGAAAGACUUAUAUGGUUGUUGUCCAUGCAAGGUGAGAUGAGUGAUUCAGUGUAAGAAAUUGUGUAAAUUCUU